CGAUCAUUUUGGUGACCAGCGGCUUCUUGUGCUUCAGCUCAAUCCACUUUUGACUCAGUUGCCACACGUAGUCCCAUCACCAUGAACUCGCUGAUUCGUAUGACCAAGUCGCGCUCCCUAGCGUCGGCGGUGCGCAAUGUGCACAUUGAGCGCAAGAUUGAGGAGCUGGGCUACACGUUACCGAAUGUGGCUGAGCCCAAGGGAAACUAUCGCACGUCGGUGCGCUCGGGCAACACCAUCUACAUGGCCGGCCACUUGCCGCAGCCUGCUGGCGGUGACCUCAUCCUGGGCAAGGUCGGCAAGGACCUGACCCCCGAGCAGGGCUACGAAGCUGCCCACUACGUGGCGCUCAGCCUCAUGGCUACCCUCAAGCAGGAGGUGGGCGACCUAGACAAGAUCAAGCGUGUGGUGAAGCUCGUGGGCUUCGUCAACUGCGUCGACGGCUUCACCCAGCAGCCGGCCGUCAUCAACGGCGCCUCGGACACCAUCGGAAAGGUGUUCGGCGACAAGGGCAUCCACGCCCGCUCGGCCGUGGGCACCAACGCCCUUCCCCUUAACGUGGCUGUCGAAGUCGAGGCCGUCGUCGAGAUCGAGGACUAAACUUCCAAGUGACGAACUUGACUAGCUAUGCUC